AUGGAUCUGGUUUUUUUUUGUUCCCUGGUGAUAUAACACUGGUCUUAUUCUCCUUCAGCUUAUGUCGACCAUGAAUAUACUCCGUCGAACGGCAGGUUUACGUUAUUUAGCCACAGCGGCCAAACGCAGAUGCAACAAAAGCAGAUUGACGGACGGGUUAGCCCAACCCGUGGCAGCGGACAUGAUCGGCACACCUGAUCCCAUUUCCAACUUGCGUCCUGUCAAGUACUACGUUUCCCCGCAUGAAACAGAAGAGGAGAAAGAAUGGCGGUUAUUGCAACAACGUGUUGACGAGUUUAAUCAAACAUUCUGGAGAAAUAAUAAUUUGAUGUUUGUGCGAGCCAAGGCAGAAUAUGAGGAUCAGUUAAUUGCGCGAGGCGAGCCCGUCACCGCCGAGGCCAUGUCGAUUUUUUACAAGGACUUUUUGAACAAAGCGUAUGACCGACAAAUGGCUUACAAUCGCGAAUGGUGGCGUCUGAAUGUCAGCAUGCUUUAUCCCGGUUUGAAGGCUUGUGUACGUGCAUUAAGGAACCGAAGUACAGCCGUGGAAAGCAAAGACACCGGUUUUUGGGACAAGAGUUUUGAAUCCUAAAACACCCUACACAGACGAGAGAUCAACCGACCCCAAAGCGCAUUCCAGUCAUGACAAUCCAAAACAGCAUCGCUUCCCUUACUUCCCUAGUUGUCGUCUCUACAGGACGGUGAUUUCACGCACCACCUGUUCUCAACCGUCAUCCAACAUCAUCAUAGAAACAAAAAGAAUCAGAAAAAAAAGGGGU